GGGGCGCCGCGCCGCCUUGUUCUGAUGUCAGGAUGCUUGCCUGCAGCUGGUUGUGGAGCCAGAGGUGUGGUUCAGGCGGCCCGCAGUGCUGCCGCCCUGGGCUUCGUCACUCCUCUCAGCGCCAACCGCUCGCGCGCCCAGGAUCUCGUCGACGAGCUCGCGAGUCUCGACAGCAUCGCGCUGUUAUGGGCUCAACAAGGAUAUCGUAUGGCCCAGGUGCUCGACGCGGCUCUCCUGUGACCACCCCAGUUCGCCCAGCCGCCCACGCCAUGUGCAUCCUGGGGCAGGACGGCGCCGUCGCGUCGACGCGCGACGCGGACAUGCCGCGGCCGGACGAGUGGCUGACCGAGGCCGCCCCUCAUCGCUCGAAGGUGGGCAGGCUGGCGCUCGAUGCCCCGCUGGUGGGGGCCGUGGCCACGCCGAGCUCCCACACGCCGCGGUCCGACACGAGCCUGUCGUCGCAGGCCCCGACGGGCACGACCACGGCGCACGGUGGCGAUAGCGACUUCGUGGAGACGCCGCGGUCCGAGGUUGGCGUGCCGCGGGCCGAGUGCUGCUGGCAGCCCACGGACGUGCCCGGCGCGGGCGCGCCGCCAGCGGCCGUGUGGUGUUGGCAGCCGGUGGCCUUUGGGCAGCAGCACGCCGGGCACGCCGAGGGGUGGCAGUACGGCCAGCCGCAGCCGCAGGCGCUGUUCUGCGUGGGUCAGUUCGCCGCCCAGUUCGCCGCUGGGGCGCAGCUGGGGGCCCAGCAGUGCGAGGCCUUCGGGGGGGCGACGCCCGCCCCGGCGCAGCGCCGCAGGCGGGGCGGCGGCCGCCCAGCGCCUGCGCCGCGCGCCCCGGCCGCCGACGGCCCCGGGGGCAGCGGCGGGGGCACCAGUGGCAAGUCGGAGGGCGGAGGCGGCAGUGCGCCCCAACAGGGGCGCCAGCGGGCCCAGCGCGGCGUCCGCAGCGGCAAGCGGCCGCCGCCGCCGCCGCCGCCCGCCUUCGACGCCGCCUGGUGCGAGGCGCGCCUCGCGGAGCUCGAGGGUGACGCGGGGGCACGGGGUGGCGCGCUCGCGGCUGUGUGCGGGCACGCGCUCCAGCUCUCGUUCGACAAGGCAGGGACCAGGCUCGUGCAGAGGGCGCUGGAGGUGGCGGGCAGGGAGGCGCGGGACGCCCUGCUGGCGGAGCUCUCCGGGCACGCCGUGGAGAGAUGAUGCAGAGCCCGCACGCGAACUACGUGGCCCAGAAGGUGUUCGAGGUGCUGCCGGCCGAGAAGCUGGGCGCGGUGAUCAGGGAGUUUGAGGGUCGGGCGGAGCGCGUCGCACGCCACCGCUAUGGCUGCCGCAUCCUCAUCCAGCUCUUCGCGCACUGCCUGGAGCUGCCAGCGUGCGCUGCGCUCGUGAGCGUGCUGCUGAGCAGGGCAAGCGAGCACUGCUGCCACACGUACGCGCACCACGUCAUCGAGGCCAUCCUGGAGCACACGCACGAUGACGAGCACAAGCGCAUCAUCUGCCGUGCACUCUUGGCGAAUCUCGGGCCCAUCGUGGGGCACUACCACGGCGGCCACGUCCUGAGGGCGGCGUUCGCGCACUGCUCCGACGCCGACGUGAGGAGCCUCUGCGGCUGCUUGGCCGACCGCUUCGCCGAGGUGACCGCAACGAAGGUUGGCUGCAACCUCUACCGGGAGCUCUGCGAGCACCCGCGCGCCCGGCUCGCCUCUCUGCCCGCUCUUGGCCCGCAGCACCAGUGAACCGUCGCUGGGCCCCCCGAGCGCGUCCCCCCUGGCGGGCCAGGGCAGGCCGUGAGCCAUCGUGGGCGCGUGGAGCGCCGUUGUGCUCGAGGCCGCGCGCGCACCACUGGGAGGGCGCCAGCUGUACGCCCGCAUCGGUCCUGGCCAGGCCGAUCCCAAACUUGGGAUCGGCGUGCGCGCCAUCCUGGCCCAGGCCGGGAGGGUGAGUACACCUGUGAUGCUGCAACCUGCUCCAGCCUUGAUCACCAGAGAGAACCUCGAGGUGUAUGUUUUCGGCGUCUCCUAACCAGGA